AUGGCAGGGAAGGGUGCAGCCGUGAUAGCACGGGGUUGGCAGCUGGAGCAGCUAGUGCUGACGUGGAGCAUUGAAGACAUCUUUAACGAUGAGCUGCUACAAGAGAAGGUGCGGCCCAUACCAUCCACCUUCGCGGAUGUACCCUCGUACCUGUCUGCCUUCCGCUGGCCCCUGCUGGAGGAGUGCCGUGCAGGGCUCAAGCGCGGCCUUGAGCAGCUGUCUGCCACCGCCUCCACACGGGUCGUGGUCAGAGCGGUGCAGAGGAGUGGUGAUCGGCGGGCAGCGAGAACGGAUGUAUGUGGUGAGGUGGAGAGGGAUGACUGGCAGCGGCAGUCUGUGAGUUACUUCGGUGAUGACGGCUGCCAGGGCGAGGUGCGUGGAAGUUCAGUGCACAGUAGUGCACCGGAUGAGAUAGAACCACCGUGGUGCAUGGCGCCACAUGGCCAACCAACUGGUCGGUGCAGAGGCCAGUUGGUAGGCGCAGGGAAGGCACACUCAGAGCUGGCGUGCUGUGAUACAGAGGGAUUCUGCUAUGUGCGCUUUGAAGUGCAGCAGCAGCAGCCUGCAGGGGGCGCGGGGGCAGCAGCGAGGCUGCAGUGGGGAGGUGCAGCGAGGCUGAAACCCACAGAUGUGGUGUUGCUGUCCACUGUAGCUCCCUCUGGCCCUGCAGACCUGCUCUGCCCGGGGGUGCUGUAUCGCCUUGCUGUCCUUCUUGUGGAAAGAAACUCGUCCGGGGAGGAUGGAGAUGACAAUCGCUGUUUCCGGGCCAAAAUAUGCACUCCAGAGGGUUCCCCUGAGUAUCAGGGCAUGGUUGGGGCAGCAUGGUAUGUGACCUUUUUGGGUAGCUUGGCGACACCGCAGCGUGUGUGGGGUGCUCUGCAUGACCCGGUGCUUGAGGUGGGGGAGCUAGGAAGGGGUGGCGCAGGCACAGUGGAGGAGGGGAUGGAGGGCGAUUGGAGGCGGAGGAUGUUCAGGGAACUGCUGUGCUUGGAGCAGAGGCCGGGGAAUGGUGGGCUAAGGGCGGGAAUGAAGAGGGGAGGCGGAGAAGAGAGAGAGAGCGCCUCCACAUUUAUGCCAGUGCUUUCUAUCACUCCAGAAGACACUCCGCACCUCCUGCAAGCUGUUUCUCAAUUCUGCACAUCACGCCGACUCAACCAUCCCCAGCGAUCAGCAGUCCUUGCUUGCCUUAGGGGGCUGCUCUCAGCCACCACCGACGCUGCUCGUACCAGCAACUUCUUCUUUCCUCUUGGCCCCAUUUCGCCCUUCUCUUCGUCCUCGUCCUUCUUGUCCUCCCCCUCUCUCUUCGGUGCUGCUCCUCCUCUGCUGCAGCUCGUGCAAGGCCCGCCCGGCACAGGAAAGACUCACACGCUUUCUGUGCUCCUCUCGGUCGCGCUCGCUCUCGGUGUUCGCACCCUCGUCUGCGCGCCCACCAACGUGGCCGCAGCUGAAGUUGCCAGGCGAAUGCUGCGCCUCGCUAUGUCCCCCGACACUUCCUCCCACUUCCCAGGCUUCUGCCAGGCACAACAGCAGCAGCAGCAGCGGCACGGAUGGUCGUCCCAGUUGGAAAAGUCGUUCUCGACUGGAGGGCAGCUGCGCGUUGGAGAUAUCGUCCUGCUGGCGAGUGAAGACAGGCUGGCGGUAGACCCAGAGCUGGAUUUGAUUCUCCUGGGGGAAGGGAGGAGGAGGGAGCCCGGGGUAUUUCCGAAGCGGAAGGGGUGUGUGUGCCGUGGACGGGUAGCGCGGCUGCUGGGAGCUUUGUCUUUGCAGUCAGGCUGGAGGGCGUCUGUGCUCACUCUGAUGAGCUUUCUUGAGAAUUCAGCGGAUGAAAUGAGUCGGGUCCACCGGGCACACUUAAAGAUGCUGGAGAUGUGGAUCAGAGAGGAUCUGGGUUGGAUAAACAGCAAGACGCAAAGCAAGAAAGGGACAGAAGGCCUUCCGAAUCUGCUUGAGUUCUUCCAGGAGCGUGUGGCUCAGCUCAUUGACCGUGCUUUGGAGGGCGCGGUGAGCUUGGCUCACCAUCUGCCGUCCGCCCUUUUGCCAGAGCGCGAGCGUGUGCUGCUGCUGCAGGCGGGCGAGCUGUUAGCAGCCUUGCGGCACCUCCUGCUUUGCCCAGGGCUCUCAUCUGAUGCCGUACUAAGCUGGCUUGAUGGGUCACAUACAGGGGAGGAGGAUGAUUUCGAGUUCAGCAUCUCAUCAGUCCUACAGGAGACUGCUGUGCUUCUUGCUCCUUUUGAGAAUGUCGACAGGGGUGGCGGAAUUAAGGAUUGCUCCAGCUGGGCCGGCAGGAUGCUUAGGUUGGGAACAAGGGGAUCCAUCAACAAUCAAGCCGCCGCAAGCGCUACUACCAGCACCAGUGAGUCUUUUGCCAUAAGCAACGACUCCACUGCUGCCAGCAGCUCAACCAGGGAUGCGCGCAUCUCUCUCCCGCAAGCCGAGUGUCUCUUCCACUCCAUCCGCCGCCACCUGAAGCACAUCGCCAAGCAGAGCCCUGCCUUCCACAUCCCCACCCUCAGCAGCAACCCAUCAGCUGCCACCGUGGCCACUCAGUGCGUGGCAGGUGCACGCCUCGUCCUCUCCACCGUCUCCUCCUCUGCCCGCGCUCUCGUCCGCUGCUCGGGCCACUUUCCACUGCUGCUGCUGGACGAGGCGGCUCAGCUAGUGGAGGCGGAGUCCCUGGUGGCCCUGCAGGCGCGUGGGCUGCGCUAUGCCGUGCUGGUGGGGGACCCCAAGCAGCUGCCUGCUACCGUCAUGAGCAAGAAUUGGCUUGCAUAUCGCACCUGCAAAUCCAAUCCCUAUCAUCAUAACCUAUACGCCUCCCAUGCCUCUAAUCUGGACAUUGACCCGCAGGUGGCAGUGCAAGGCCACUACAACCGCAGCCUGUUUGAGCGCCUGCAGAGCACCGGGUGGCACGCAGAGCUGCUGAGCGUGCAGUACCGCAUGCACCCGGACAUCAGCCGCUUCCCCUCGCACGGCUUCUACCACGGCCGCAUCGAGGACGGCCCCAACGUGUGCCAGCCCUCGCACUGCCCUCCGCACCUGCAUCUGUUGUUUGGCCCGUACAGAUUCUUCCAUGUGAGGGGGCGUGAGGAGAGGGACUCUGCGGCUGUGGAUGCAGGCAGCCGCAGCGUUUCCAAUUCGGUGGAGGCUGCCGUUGUGAUUGCUCUGCUCACGCGACUCUCCACAGCAUGUCAAGGCAAGGAGGGCGGGGGGGCUGUGAAGGUGGGGCUCAUCUCGCCAUACGCCCGCCAGGUGGAGCUGCUGCAGCGCGCCGUGGAGGCCAAGCCGUGGCCCUCCCUGACUGUGGAAGUUAACACAGUAGACGGGUUCCAGGGCAGGGAGUGUGACGUUGUUGUCGUCAGCACUGUUCGCUCCAACAGCUCGAGAAGCAUCGGAUUUGUCGCGGAUCCUAGGCGUCUGAACGUGGCCAUCACCCGUGCGCGCCAUGCUCUGUGGGUGGUGGGUGAUGCACACACGCUGCAGAGGGGAGACAACAUGUGGGCGCAGCUGGUGCAGGAUGCGGAGAGGCGCGGGUGCCUGGUGGAGGCUGGGAGCAAUGAAGGACUGGCAAGAGCUGUGGAGAGGCGGUGGGUGCAGGUGGGGGAAGCGCAGCAGCUGCUGAAGCCCCAUUCAGGGCUCUGGGUCGGCCUGCACUGGGAGUGCAGUGCUGGUUGCAGAUUUGACCCGCGCUGUUCUGUGUGCACUCUCUCCCCUCCUUUCCCUCCCUUCCCAUCUUCUGCCCCCCGUUUUCUUCUCUCUGCACCUUUACGUCGUGCCUCCCGGCCGCCUGCUGCCCACUACCGGCAGGCGGAGUUCAGCCAGGAGUUUCAGCGCAGCAUGCGGCAGGCGCCGUCGUUGGAGGUGAUCAAUGCAGUGCGGCGCCUCAUGCAGGGCCACCGCCCGCAGUGGGACACGCGGCCGCGGCACGAGCUCAGCGACCCGCGCUACCACGACAUCAUUCACGUGCAGCCCGUGGGGCGGGCCUUUCUCAUCUGGACCGUUGACAUCUCCCAAGAGACUUAUCAGCAAAUAAUCAAGGUAUGGGACGUGGUGCCAGAGCGCGGGGUGCUGCCGUGGCUGCACCGCCUGGCGAAAGGCCUGGCCUCAUUCUCAGACCAGCGCCUUGACUGCUGCGCCGCAAGCGCACCGGGCUCCGCUCGCAGGGUGCGCCCUCGCCAGUUCAGCAGGCAUGCUCCUUUCGAGUGGUGGAGGGGGCAGCAGAUCCACCAACUGCCAGAAUUAGCUGCCAUUCCGGAGCGAGCACCCGUGGAUGAAAACGUGCUGCUGAUGAAAUUCUACCCGCUUUCUCUAGGCUCCGCCCAGCACCUGAUGGCAGCAGUUCCGGGGGAGUGGCUGUUCAAGCUGAACGAGCAGCAAGCUGAGAUAGUCCACUCCAACUGCACUGCUUUUGUGCUCGGCCGAUCAGGCACGGGCAAGACGACAGUGAUCACCCACCGCCUGCUGCUGCUGGAGCACACGUUCCGCCGCGCCAUGGGCGAGAGGCGCCUUCUCACUCAUGCGGCCACUGGACGCAGCAGUGCCUGGCCGGGCAGAGAGCAGGGCGACUGGGGGACAUGUGAGGAGAUUGAGGAGAGUGAGGGAGACGAGGAUGAAGGGAAGAGUGGGGGGGAGGGAGAGGAGGAAAGGGGUGGACUGCGCCAGGUGGUUGUGACCCCGAGUGCACGCCUGUGUGCUGCUAUUAAGCACUUUGUGAACAAGGCCACGAGGACUAUGCUGCAGGCAGAGGAGCAUGGCGGUGCCUGGUUGCCCAAUGGACGCGCGGGGAGAGGGGAGGGAGAGAAACAGUCGCCACCGGCAGGGGAGGAGGGGCAGGAUGAGCUGCUGUUGUUGGAGGAAGCAGAGGAGAAACUUCUGGGUGACCUACCAGAGGCUCUGGAUUCAGUGGCGCCAGCUGCCUUCCCUCUUGUACUCACAUUCAAGAAGCUUCUCAGCAUGGUGAAUGCCACGCUGUCACACCCGUUCCAGAUGGAACGGAGCAGCACGGGCAGUGGAUGGGGCCGAGGAGGGUCCAUGGGAGGUCGAUGGAGUGGUAAUGGCUUGCCUGGUGGCAUGAAUGCAGUGUGGGAUGAGGAGAAUGAUGAGGAUGACUAUAUCUACUGGCCGCGGCUCAACGCAGCAACCACCCGUUAUCUCGAUGCGUCCGCGGUGUUCAAGGAGAUCUUCUCCCACAUCAAGGGCUCCCUGCACGCGCUCAGGACACCGCACGGCCGCGUGUCUCUGCAGGACUACGUGCUGCUGGCGCGCACGCGCACGUCCAGCUUAAACGAGGAGCAGCGCGCAGCCGUGUAUGGGCUCUUUUUGCAGUACGAGAGGCUGAAGUGGCAGAGAGGGGACCACGACAUGUGCGACUACGUGUUCCACGUGUACAAGCAGCUGGAGAAAGGGGCUACAAGGCUUUGGACCCCCGCUGCGGCUGCUACAGGCUCUGCCUAUGGUAGCACCAGCUCUCCUCACCAUGGCAGCCGGCCUGGCAUUUCGUCAACUGCAAUCGGGACAAGCAGGGCUGUUGGCGGUGGGGGAAAAGUUGUUGCAGGGCCACCAUUUCAGUAUGUGUAUGUGGACGAGGUGCAGGACCUGACCCAGGCACAGAUUGCCAUGCUGCAGUUCCUCUGUUCCAAUGUCGCCUGCGGGUUCUUCUUUGCCGGUGACACUGCCCAGACCAUCGCCCGCGGUGUGGACUUUCGAUUCCAGGACAUCCGACGGCUCUUCUUCGAGCUGUUUCUGGGAAAAGGGACGGCUGCUUCUGUUGCAGACGGGGUGGAGAGGAGCGAGGAAGUGGAUGCAGGGAGAGGGGAGACUGGUGGUGGGGUUAGUGGCAGAGAGAUCGUGGAGAGUGGGGGGGUCGAUGAGGCGAAGGAAGGAAGGUGCGGAGGAGAGAAGGGGGGUGUGUGCAAGAAGCAAGGGAGGUGGGCGAGGGCAAUAGAGUCGCGCGGGAGGCAGAGGCAGUCGGCCAGGGGGAAGAGGAUUCAGGAAGAGGUUCGAGGGGAGGGAAGCGCAGGGAAAGAGGCCACAGUUUUGAAACCCUGUGCGGCCUUUUCAAAGGGUGGCGCAGGCACUGGGAUAAUCACAGCAGAAGCAGCUAUUGACAAGGUUGCAGGCACCAGGAAUGGGGGAGAGGAGGAUGCACGCAAGGGCCAAGUGGAGGAUCGUUCGUCUUGCACUGAGAUGCCAGACCUACUCUUCCUCUCGCAGAACUUCCGGUCGCACAGCGGCAUCGUGCGAGUGGCAGAUAGCGUGGUGCGCUUGCUGCUUCACUUCUUCCCCCACUCUGUCGACCGCCUGCAGCCCGAGUUCAGCCAGCAGCAGGGCGAGCCGCCCGUGUUCCUCCAGUCCACCGGCAGCCGCGACCGCGUGGCACAGCUGUUUGGAAAGCGCGGGGGCAUUGGAGGAGGUGGAUGUGAAUUCGGCGCCGAGCAGGAUGCUCUGAUCUACAACUUCUUUUCUCACUCCCUGCUCGCAUCGGGUUGGCGCCUGCUGUAUGAGUACAUGCGGCAGCACCACCUCAUACCCUCAACCGCACAAAGCAGCUCCUCCAGUCAGUGGCAGUGCCCUGCCUUUGACCCAAGAAGGCACAACCUCAUGUGCAGCGAGCUGAAGCAACUGUACGUGGUGCUCACGCGAGCGCGGCAGCGGCUGUGGAUCUACGAGGAGGACGAGGCGGCAAGGCAGCCGGCCAUGGACCUGUGGAAGGCGAUGGGGCUGGUGGUGGUGCGCCCACUGACCACCGAUCUCAUUGCGUCCAUGCACACUGAGUCAUCGCCAGAGAAAUGGCACAAGCGGGGCCUCGAGAUGUUCAACGCUGGGCAGUUUGAGGCAGCAAAGAUGAGUUUCGAGAGGGCGGGGGACGAGCGCAGAGCAGCAGUGGCACAGGCCGCACUGCUGCAGCAGACGGCCAAGAGGCUGCAGGGCACAGACCACUGGCGGGCCUGUCGAACCUUCCUGGAAGCCGCGCAGGCGUUUCUGGCGGUUGACCGUCCGAGGGACGCUGCAGGGUGCCUCGCCAGCGCUGGAGAGAUGGAGCGAGCAGGUUACACCAGGGGGGGAAAGUGGGGGAGGGGAAGGGAGCUGGUGUGGGUGAAUAUGGGGGGUGGCAGGGCAGUGAUAGCGUGCCUGUGCUGGACUGCCACAUACCGCAACAUGUGCAAGCCACCACAGUGGGAGAAAGCGGCAGCAUGCUACUUGCAGGCUGGAAAGGCCUCAGAUGCUGCCGAGUGUCUGGCCCAGGCGUGGCUAGUGGAACGGGCACUAGCUGUGUGCUCACAAGCCAGGCUCUACAACCUAGGCCUCUCGCUCAUUCAUUCCUGGCAGGCGCAGAUUGCAGACGGGCUGAGAGCGGUGAAAGGGAAGGACAAGCAGGAGCAGCAUCAAUCGCAGCACUGGGUUAGCGGGGACAUGUCUGGCAGUAGCAGCAAUGGACUGGUUCCGCCUCUCUCGGUUAACUCAGCUGGAGGAGGUGGGACGUUCGCCUCUAGUUUGGAAAGCGCUCGAUGGGAAGGGGAGAGCGCUCAAAAGGUUGCAAGGGAGAGCAGUACUGCUUUGUGUGCUCCAGGGGAAGGGGAGACGUGGAAGAUGCGGCAGGGGCUGAUCACAAGGCUGAGUUCUGAUUUCCUGCGUGACGCUGCGAAGUUUUUCUAUCGGAAGAAGGAUAGGGGGAAGAUGAUGAAGUAUGUGCUCCGGUUCCCAGCCGCAGCGGAGAAGCGGCGAUUUUUGGAAAGGCGAGACUUGUUUGAGGAGCUGUUGCAGGUUGAGGUGGCUGAGGGGAACUUUGAGCGGGCAGCCACAGCAAAACUGAAGAAGGGCGAUAUGCUGGGAGCAGCUGAAAUGUUUGUUCAGCAAACGAUGUGGGGCAGGGCGUUUGAUUGUGCAAUGGAAGCUGCCCGUGUUGCCAGCAUGUGGGCGAAUGGGAACAACGGGUGGCCCCUGAAUUGCAGCAGCAGUAUGAGGAGGGAGGGAGGUGAGGAGCAGGAGGAGGAGGAGGAUAAGGAAGUGGGUGAAUGCGCACAGGUGACCACAGGUAGGAACGACGGUUGGAGCUGGAGGUCAGAAGUGAGGAAAUGGAUUGGAAGGGGAGCAGCGGUGAGGGUUGAGGGAGUUGGGGAAGAAGGUAAAAAAAGCUGGAGUGGAGGGAGCAGGAAUGCAUUGGAGCUGGCGGUUGCCAUCUGGCUGACACAGGAGGAAGCAUCAGUGUGCAGGGGGGCAGGCAUGGUAGCUGGAUUUGUAACAAGGGAAGGGGAGAGAGGGUCUGGGAAGGAAGCAAGGCGUCUAGCUCGGAGUCAGCACAUGGGGGGGAGUGCAGAGCAGGGAGAAGGAGCAAGGGAAGGUGAGAGGGAGGUGGAUGCAGAGCAGGGGUUGGAGGCUCUGACCCUGCUGCUGCUUAGCGAGUGGAUUCAACUAAAGGGUGGCACUGGGGACAUGGAAACACUGUGGUGCCGGCUGACUAGUUGGGAGCGGGGUCGGAGCAUUGCUGCUGAAGUGCUGUGCAGCUGGAAGGCUCUGGAGCUGAGCGUAGAGAAAUUCAACUUACUUUCUCACACCACCUCCUCCCUCUCCGCUGCCCCCCCUCUCACAAGCACCGCUGCCCCUCUGCCCAACACAGAGCAUCUCCCGAGCAGAAUACGUGUAUUGCGUCAACCGCAGCCAGUGCAAGCCAGCGUAGGUGGGUGGAGGCGGCCCUUGGGAGGAGGCGGACAACAGGGUAUGCAGCAGGUGCAGCAAGGCGUGACGAGUGAGCAGCCGAGAGAUGAAUCUUGGCCAGGCGGUUUCCAGCAGCUGGUGGCGCAGGUGGAGGAGGUGCAGCGCUGGUGGGGUGAGUGGAGUGAGAGGGCUGCGCGAAUGCUGGCGGCGCUGCAAAGGUUGUGCAGGAGGAGAGAGGUGCCGGCAGAUCAGCCCUGGCUAGAUGCAGCCUUUCAUUUGCUUGCCGCCACACCCCCCACUGCCUCCAGUACAGCAGGGGUUGUGUCCACAGCUGCCCACACUGCACCUCCUACCUUGGAUUUGCCGACACACUCCAUCCUGGUGGGUCUGUCCUGUGCCUCCUGGCUUCUCCCUGUGCGUGCUGCCGUGACCCGCCUGCCCAAUCAGGGCACUCGCGGGGAAGUAGCAAGGGAGGCUGCAGCUGAGGCGGGUGCCAUUUACUGGUCCAGGCAGGUAGUGGCUGUGGUGCAAGGCUGCCUGCAGGUCUUGGACGUAGCCAUGUGCAGGACGAGCGUGGCAUUGCAGCAGAUGGGGCGUGGAAACGAACUGAUGUUGCGAGGAAUGGGACGACAGCUACCAGGGCCAGUGGUGGCUCAGGGAGGAUGCAAGGUUCAUAAUUUUCAGCAGCAGCAGCAGCAGGGGGCCGCGAGGGAAGGGAUAUCCCAUGCAGCGUUACUGCGUCUGCAGUGCAAGUGGCUCGUGCAGUACCUUGAGAUGCUGGAACGAGCCCUGCAGUGCUGCAAUGGCGCCACCAAGGCCUCUCAACGGCCCCACGGUCACUCCACAACGGACUGGGUCUCAUCGAAAGAGGGGAAUGGUCACAAGUCGGCAGAGGCACGAGAGCUGGAGGGCGCUGCGAGCAUGUUGGAGAGGCUGCAGGACAGCCUGGCCCAGCGCCUGCUGCAGCAUGUGAUGCCGGUGGGCGCGCCCCUUCCCCGUGACGUGGCGCUGCUGGCUGCGGAGGUGCGAGCACAGGAGAGCACUGCCUUUGCGCUGCACUGCUGGGCUCUCAGGCUGCUUGCUCAGUGCGUGGAUGGGGCCACACGGCAGGACUCGGUCACGCGGGACAAGGAAGGAGUCGUGUGGGGUUCAAUUGGAUUGGGGUCUGACAUGCAUGAGCCCGUGCUUUUGGCUCUGUUGGGUGACUUGCUGCUAGUGCUGCCGCUGUUGGGCCCCCGAUGGGUCCACAGGCAUGGCGGGGAGCUGCUGCAGAGGCAGUCCAGCCUGCCUCCUGUGCACGCUGCGGUGCUGAGAGCGGUGGUGCAUGAAGAUGCCGUCCGGUUGUUCCUGGAGCAGCGGCACAGCCAUGGCGCUGCCGUCACUCUUGCCAGCACCGAGUGGGUGGCUGCUCUCCUGGAGGCGCUCACUAGCUGCAAUCCCGAGCAAACAAGCUGCGAUAUCUUCCUCCUCCUUACUGCCGCUGUGUACGUGCUUGAAAGGGAAGUGACUUACGUGUGUGCAGCCAUCACGAAGCUCCGAAACUUCAUCAUUCCCACCUCCCUUGCUGCUCUCCACUUAGAUAGCCACCACGCCUCUGCUCUCUGCACCCUCCUGCUCCAUUCACCAUUCAAAAUCUCUCCAGGCAGUGAGUAUCAGCUCAAAUCCCAGCUGACUCGCCUGCAUGGCGUUAUCAAGUCCCUUCUUCAGCAGCAGGGCGCAUUACAGCAGCAGUGGGGGUCAAGUUCCGAUGCUGCUGGUGACUCUACCCCUCACUUUCUCCGUCUACUCACCCUCCUCCUUGCUUCAUCAGCCAAUGUCCCGGCUUUCCACAACAGCACGGCUGCCUUCCUCCGUGACCUGUGGCGCUGCAACGGGUCGCUGUUGCUUCAGCUUCCGCAUCUGAUCCGUACCAAAUUCUCUGCUGUUUUGGGCGGAAAUCGGCCCAACCCCAAUGCAUUGCACGACUGCUUUUCGUGGGCCAUGUUCAAACUGGGUGACCCAUGGAUUGUGCUCCGGAGAAAAGGCUCUCCCUUUAUUCAUACGCACCAAUGGAUUGUGAAGCUGAAAAGGUUCAACGUUGAGAAGAGGCUGGUUAUGAGUGCAACUCAGGGGGGUGCAGCAAAUGUGCCCCAUUCGCCUCAAGCAAAUGCGAAAGAGGGGUGGGUGCCUGGUGUGGAUACUCGUCCCCUAGAGUACAGCGUAUUCUCUCUGGUGGAGCUCACAGGACGCGAGUCUGCAGGACGUGUUGGUGGAGGUGCGAUUGCUGACUGGGAGGCGGAGGGUGGGGAGGGAAGAGAGGAAGAAUGGGAGGAGGAAAGGGAGGGCGCCAGCGGAGAGAGAUCUGAAGAGUGGGGCGGAGCUGAGGGGCUGGUCGCGGAGGAGGGACUGGAGCCGGAGGAGGAGGGGGAGGAAGAGGUGGAGGGGGAGUUUGACGUGGAGGGGAUGGCGGAGGAAAAGGGGAAUGAGGGUGUUGAUGCCGAGUCCGGGUUUGAGAGGGGGUGCGGGAAAGAGAGGGAGGGAGAUGAUCGAGAGGAGGUGGACGGAGUGAAAAUUGCUGUUCGUGUCACUGCAACCUUAAGGCAGCUCCUUCUAGAGGCAAGGGAGCGGCUUCAGCAGGAGCUGCCACCACUGGAGAGGAGUCGCAGGGAGGCAAAGAGGGGCCUCAGUGUGCUGCUGCACACGCGCAGCAAGGCUGUGAGGGAGUUCUACAUCACGGAGUAUCUGGACCACGCCUCCCCUCUCGAGGUGAAAGCGUCGGCGUUUCUCGCCCUGGUGCACAGUGCAGUGCUAGCCAUGAAGGCUCGCCUCGGCACAGCACAGGAUGGUGGGGCGCAGACAGGGGGCCGGGACCCCUGGGAGCAAACAGGGGGGUACGGAGGAAUGAAGGGGUCCAUGGGUGAUAUUGCAUUGGAGGAGCAAAUUGAGAAGGAGGAUCAGUUACUGGAUGACGCGGCAGAUGCUGCGGAGGAGCUCGAGGCUGCCAUGGCUGUGCUGCACCAUGCGCACCCAGGCCACUCGUCUGCAUCAGUAUCAUGGCUACACCGCAAAGCCAUACAUCCUCUAUCGACCCUCCUCUCACUAAAGCGGCGCUCUCUGGAGCAGCCUUUGAAGGAAAUAUUGUCCUCUCGCAGUACACAGCCAACAGCCAGUGUAUGGGAGGAGUGGCAGUAA